UAAGCUGGGCAGCCUGCUCCUUCUCCUUCUGCUACUUUCUUGGUCUCGUGCUUUUGCUCUGUGUCAGCAAUGGCGGGUGCUGACCGCUCCAGAAGGGGCGUGUUCGGGGUCUCGCUCGCGUGCGGCGAGGAAGAGUUCCAGGACCUGUCCCGCGACGGCAGCCACUACAGCCUCUCCACCAGCAUCCUGCCUUCUCUCGGCGCCCGGAGCAGCCGCCGCAUCAAGCUCCGGCGGUUCAUCGUCUCGCCUUACGAUCGUUAUUACAGGUGUUGGGAGACUCUCCUUGUCGUUCUGGUUGCCUACACAGCUUGGGUGUCGCCUUUUGAAUUUGGGUUUCUGAGAGAUCCAGCGAUAGCAUUGUCCAUUAUCGAUAAUGUCGUCAAUGCAUUCUUCGCCAUAGACAUCAUAUUGACGUUCUUCGUUGCUUAUCUUGACAAAACUACUUACCUUCUUGUCGAUAAUCCAAAGAAAAUUGCUUGGAAAUACACUACCACGUGGUUUGCCUUCGAUUUAAUAUCCACGAUUCCAUCUGAACUUGCUCGGAAAAUAUUCCCAUCAAAUUUCAAUUCCUAUGGCCUCUUUAACAUGCUUCGCCUUUGGCGUCUACGAAGAGUCAGUGCCUUAUUUUCCAGAUUGGAGAAAGACAGGAACUAUAACUACUUCUGGGUUCGAUGUGCAAAACUCAUUUGUGUCACCCUUUUUGCUGUUCAUUGCGCUGGGUGCUUCUAUUACCUCCUCGCUGCACGAUAUCGAGAUCCUAAAAGGACAUGGAUUGGUGCCAUAAUGGAGAACUUCCUUGAGCAGAGUCUGUGGAUCCGGUAUGUGACUUCAAUUUACUGGUCAAUCACUACUCUAACGACGGUUGGCUAUGGGGACCUGCAUCCUGUCAAUACAAGGGAGAUGCUCUUUGACAUCUUCUACAUGCUCUUCAACCUUGGGUUGACUGCUUACUUGAUUGGUAAUAUGACCAACUUAGUCGUUCAUGGGACAAGCCGAACCCGAAAAUUUAGAGAUACCAUACAAGCUGCUUCAAGCUUCUCCCUGAGGAACCAACUGCCUCCUCGGCUGCAAGAUCAGAUGCUAGCACAUUUAUGUUUGAAGUACCGAACAAAUUCGGAGGGACUGCAGCAACAAGAGAUUCUCGAGUCACUCCCUAAAGCGAUCCGUUCAAGCAUUUCGCAUUACCUUUUUUACUCUCUAGUGGAUAAAGUGUACUUAUUCCAUGGGGUUUCAAACGACUUGCUCUUCCAGCUGGUUUCAGAGAUGAAGGCUGAAUAUUUUCCUCCAAAAGAGGAUGUGAUUUUGCAAAAUGAGGCGCCUACAGAUUUCUACAUACUUGUCACUGGUGCUGUGGAUCUGCUGGUAAUGAAGAAUGGAACCGAACAGGUUAUUGGUGAAGCUAAAAGAGAUCUCUGUGGUGAGAUUGGCGUGCUUUGUUAUAGACCGCAGCUCUUCACAGUGAGGACCAAACGGUUGAGCCAGCUGCUGCGGCUGAAUCGUACUACGUUUCUUAAUAUCGUCCAGGCUAAUGUUGGUGACGGGACUAUUAUAAUGAACAACCUCCUUCAGCAUUUGAAAGAUCUCAAAGAUCCAACCAUGGAGGGUGUCUUGCUGGAGACAGAGAACAUGUUGGCUCGUGGUAGGAUGGACCUGCCUCUCAGUUUGUGCUUUGCGACAAUGAGAGGAGAUGACUUAUUACUAAACCAAUUGUUGAAACGAGGUCUCGAUCCAAAUGAAUCAGACAACAGUGGGAGGACUUCACUGCAUAUUGCAGCAUCUAAAGGAAGCGAGAAUUGCGUGCUUCUUCUACUGGAUUUUGAGGCAGAUCCUAACAGGCGAGACUCAGAGGGAAGUGUGCCGCUUUGGGAGGCCAUGCUGGGCGGUCAUGACCCCGUUGUCAAGUUGUUGGCUGAAAAUGGUGCGAAUAUAAGCUCUGGAGAUGUCGGCCAAUUCGCAUGCACCGCGGCUGAACAGAACAACCUUUACCUACUCAAAGAGAUUGUGCAUUAUGGAGGGGACGUCACACUUCCCAGCAGCCACGGGAACACAGCCCUCCACAUUGCUGUCUCCGAAGACAACCUCGAGAUUGUGAAGUUCCUUCUGGAGGAAGGGGCUGACAUGGACAAGCCAGACACCUUUGGCUGGACGCCGCGGGAUUUGGCUGACCAACAGGGGCAUGAGGAGAUAAAACUCCUGUUCCAAUCGUCCGAAGAUGCCAAGCCACAGUCCGUCAUAGCCAUACCUGAGAAACACCAUGAGGCCCGCUCCCUAGGGAGGUUCACUAGCGAGCCGAUGAUCCGUCCGGCAUCACGGGAAAGCAACGUGGAGGGAUCGUGGGGCCAGAGCCGCCCGAGGCGUCGGAGCAACAACUUCCACAAUUCUCUGUUUGGGGUUAUGUCAGCUGCGCACAACGGCAAGAAGAGGGAGAUGCCUUUUCCGGUCGAUCAAGUUCGUAGUGUCAAGAGUGGCAUCGACCCGGCAAGGGUGACCAUCAGUUGUCCUGAGAUAGGAGAUAGUGCAGGGAAGCUAGUGCUGCUUCCGGGGAGCUUGGAAGAGCUCCUUCAGACUGGAGCUAAGAAGUUCGGUUUCAUGCCUGCCAAGAUUCUAAUGAAGAACGGCGCGGAGGUGGACGACAUCGAGGUGAUUAGGGAUGGCGACCAUCUUAUCUUUGUCGGCAGCAAUGGCAGGUCGAGGGAAGACCAUAACUACUACUCACUGAGCUAACGCAGCAGUAAAUUUUUGCCAAAUUUUCUUCUCGUUUAUCAUGUUGGGUUCUCCUAUACCGUGCGCAAAUGUGAAGACAAAGUCUUGCAUUAGGCCUUGAAAAUAGAUGGUACGGAGGACCUUUCCAAUUUGUAUAUCUGUUUCCUAUUUUUCCAAAUUUUGACACAAUCAUCCAAGGAUGAUCCAUUUCUUCCUCCCUUUGUUUUGGGGUAGAGACGAUGACAUAUAUCAUAUA